UUGAUAAGCAAUCAGUCACUAAGCAAACAAACAGUGCAACGAUUUCUUAGUUUCAAUACUUGUACCAUUAAAGUGUUUCAAAAAUCCCAAAUGGCUUCAGUUGAUAUGGGCGGUACUGCUUCUGAAAAUCACAAAGGUGGUCAUGACAUUGAUGUCAAGGGUAUAGCCAAAGUGGGAAAUGAAACUCUAGGAGCUGGCGUCGGAGUCUUUGCCAAGGGCAAUGAUAAACAUGGGCCCAUUACCACAGGAGCCAUGGCUGAAAUAAGUUCAAACGGUCAUGGCCUAGGCAUUCAACAUGCCAAUACGCAUGGUGGCAAUAAACUAGUGGCAGAAAAUCUACGCAUCAAUGCUUUCAACAAUGACAAUCACAAUUUGGAUUUGAAUGCCUUUCAUGGUCGCACUGUACAACCAAAUGGCCUUAAAUAUGAUUCGGUGGGUGCCAAUGCUUCCUGGAACCAUGUCCAAGGUCAUUCGGCCAGUUUGGAGUUAACCAAAAUUCCCAAAUUUGGCAUAUCAACAGUGCAAGCAAAUGCUAGCGCAAAUCUUUGGACUUCCCCCAAUCAGGCAUCGUCAUUUGGUCUGAAUGCCUUUGGUAGUCAACAUAUUGCGGGUCCCUAUCGUGGACAAAAGGAUUUUGGUGCGGGUAUGGGAUUUACACAUAGAUUCUAGAAUAUCUUUUAGCAAAUAAAGUAUUUUUUGUAGUAAUACAUAGUUAGAAAUUAUUAAAAUAUAAUUUUGUACGUAUAA